AGCUAAACUACAAAGCAAAGCCUGCGUAGUUCCCUCAAUGGAAUUUCCAUUGACAGAGGAAUUAAAAAGGGGUUCUCAAUGAACUUACAGUGAGAGAGCAGAACGAAACACCACAGAGCAGAUGAUAUUAACCUUCUGGAGUAUUGCUGGAGCUGUCUAGUGGAGGAGAUAUAGUAUCAUCACACUGCUGAUGUACAGCUUGAAGGUCGUUUGAAAAAUUUGAAAGGUCAGUAGAUUACAACUAUGGCUAAUUUGUCAACUUUGGCAUCAUUACUUGACAAUACUACCCAGACUUCAAUAACUUCUAGUACACCAGAGCCUACCUGUAAAAUUGAAGAUGGCUUCCUCUCAACCGUGCUGCCUGUUUUCUACUCCAUUAUCUGUGUGAUAGGGCUGGCGAGCAAUGUAAUGGCCUUGUGGGUGUUUUACUUCAAUCAGAAGAAGGCAACAUCGAUCUCCAUUUACAUGAAGCACCUGGCCCUGGCUGACCUCCUGCUGUUGCUCUGCCUUCCAUUCAGGAUCGCCUACCACAUCGGAGAAUAUGCCUGGAUGGCCAAGUGCUACUUCUGUAAGAUCAUUGGGGCAUUCUUCUACAUUAAUAUGUACGUCAGCAUUGCAUUCCUGGUGCUGAUCAGCCUGGACCGCUAUUUGAAGAUCACAAAGCCUCUCCGCAAAUUCAGACUCCACAGUGUGAAAUGGAGUUCAGGCAUAUCCAUGGCUCUGUGGGCAUCCAUCUUUCUGUUAAUGCUUCCCUUUGUUGUGCUGAGCACCACAAACUCUAAAGACUCAAAGUGUUUCCACUACAAAAGUCAAAGUAAACUAGCCGGUUCAAUGAACCUGGCAGCCGUCAUAUUCAUCUUCCUCCUCUCUUUGCUUUUCCUCAUAUCUUAUGCUAAGAUUGCUGUCAAGCUCUACAAGAUCUCCCAGGGGAAAAAGAAAGAAGAAAUCCGGAAAGUGAGAACUAGAGCAAUUUUGAAGACAUUUAUCGUUCUUGUGAUCUACAUUGUGUGCUUCAUGCCAUACCAUAUUGUUCGAAUCCCGUAUGUGCUCUCUCAGAUGGAUAUAAUUCCCAGCUGCCUCACAAAGAAUUCCCUGCACAUAGCCAAUGAACUGGUACUGUGCCUCUCUGCUCUGAACAGUUGUCUUGAUCCAAUCAUCUAUUUCUUUCUCUCCAACUCCUUUCGUAGGACUAUACUUAACACCUUUUAUGGAAAAUUCAACAAAACUUUCCCCAAAACCAAUGGCACACUAAACAGUUUCAAAUCCAUCACAGAAAUCUGAAGAGGUGUGAUCCCUGAGUAAGUGGGAUAGAAAUGGAAUGUAUGGCCUUCAUGGCAGCAAAAUUGCAGCAACUAUCUUGCUGGACAGUGGUACUUCCGGAAAGGAUUGGCAUCAUCGCAUUCCUAUGGGCUGAAAUGGCCUUACUAGAGAGAGCACAAGUUCCAUUUAUGAAUGCAUCUCAUAAACAGCCUGGCAAAUACAUGAGGCAACUAUAUGGUCACAAUAAGGAAAAUCAGUGCAAGAGGAUGAGUUGGGCUACAGUUAUAUGGUCACAAUAAGGAAAAUCAGUGCAAGAGGAUGAGUUGGGCUCCUGUUGAAUACUGGAAUUCAUGGGAAUGAAAAUAUCAACCAUAGACUCCUCUGAUGCAACUAUACAACUACUUCCUCUGUGGCUUUCAAACAGGUUAUUAGAGUCUUUUUGCAAAAAAGAUAUAUGAUCUAACUCAUAUAUGUCAAACUCAAGGCCUGCGGGCCAAAUCUGGCCCAUGGUGGAAUUAUCUUUGGCCCGCGAGAUAAUAUCUAAUUACUAUUAUAGCUGGCCCCAGUAAUCGAAGCACCUAUGGCGUAUGAUAUGGCUAAUGCUGAGUUUAUUCAGGUACCAGGUUUUCAGGGUUUUUAGUGUUUAUUCGGCAGUCUUCUUCAUCAGAAAUGGAAUUUGUGAAGUGAAACACUUUGUAGUUAUAGCAGAGACUGAGACACAUGAGAGCAGGCUGAAAAAACGGAGGCAACGAAAGCUGCAUUCGCACGCGUCCGACUGAUCCGGCCCGCAUGAAGCUGCAUUUUGCUCAAUCUGGCCGUGACCUAAAAUUAGUUUGACACCCCUGAUCUAAGUUAUACUGAACUUAUAGAGAGCACUUCAAGUGCUCCCCAGAUAAUUUCAAUGCAGCAUUAUUACAUAAGGAAAAAUAAGUACAUUCAAGGCCAGUUGUGCAACUUGUUCAACCUGAAAAUUUCUACCUUCCCAAACUGCGUGGACACAAGAGAGUGUAGACUGUCUGGAGAAGGGCAGAUGAACUUCCCAAACUCAAAAUAUGGAUGAGUAUUUCAUUGCGAAAGUAAUUGUUGUUCUGUGAGAAUCAAACGUCUGCACUAAAUAUUAAAAAAAACUUUGGUCUUGCUGGUUUACAUAGUUGAUCAUGGCAAUGAGAAGAAGGUUUUAAAUUCAUUUUACUGUGCAAUAAACCAUUUUAAGGACAAAAAUGUACUGGACAGUAGAUGAGCUGACUUACCAGAUGUUUAAAGAACUGCUCUAUUUUGAAUAUAUAAGUCCCAUUUUAGAAAUAAUUGUUUUCAAUGAGACUGGUAAAAUUUGAACCACUGGAAUGAUUAGACUGUAAAUAAAGGCAAUAUGCAAAAGAAAAAUUGUCUAUAAUAACCUAUAACAUGCUCACUGUGUUUAUCAACACAGGUCAAAGAGAUGAUUUUGUAUACA